AAUUGCACGAGGACAGUGUCAUGACCACUGUCGCGUGAAGUUCGCUAUAUAAACGUAGUGUCGCUUGCUUCACACUUGAUUGAGACCAGGUUGUGUUUGGCUACAAGAAGCUUCAAGAUGAGACUGCUGCUGUUCUUCAUUCUAUCUUCAUCCACAGUGUUCGCAGUGUCGAACACGCCAUUCUGGUCAAGGUUCGUCACCAAAAUGGCUGCUCCGGAGGGACAAAGUUCCGUAACGUCACAAACGUACACAGCUGCAGUGCCUGACUCUAGAGGAUACGCCCUACAGUAUCUCCCAAUGAAAAACAACCAACAACCAGCUGCGACACAAUCUGUAUUAGUUUCAGCGUUUCCCGCGCCUUACACGUACCUGAACAACCCUAGCCAGCGACAAAAUCAAGGGAAUUACAUCAAUUACAAUAAUUUAAUCCCAUCAUUCCAACCUCUAAACUUGGGUGGCAUUUAUCAACCACUUUAUACUAUGCCCUACAAUUAUACACAAGAACAUAACAUUUCUGCAGCUGAAUCAAUUCCAGUAUCAGGAUUUUACCCUCCAUUACAAAACUCAUAUUUUCCAUCAGCUAUCAGUUUACCGUCAUCAUGGCCUUCAUUAACUCUCUCAGCUCUUCAGAAGCCGUCAACGAAUGGUGUAGGAGGGUUUUCUGUGACUCCGACAUACCAACCAACGACUAAUGUCGGUUUCUUCAACUCUUUAGCACCUGCUACAUUUGGCAAUAAUGGUUACGAUCAAAGUCAACAAGAUUUAUACACAAAAUACCCUGCAUUUCCUCUUACAUCAUAUAACCAGGACUAUGCCCAGUUAGGUUUAUCGAAAUCUAAACAGAAUUCUCUUGGUGAUACUAAAGGAAAUAAACAGAUUGUAAGUAUGCCCGCGCCUGUCAAAGAACAUGAAACAUCAGUCCCUGAGCCAUCUGUAAAGGGAAGGUACCAGUAUUCGUCUAAAUAUUCAGAACCUCUGCCAGAUAUUGAGGACAAGGAAUCAUACACAAAGAACAGUCCACAAGAACUAGAAGACUCUAAUGAUUCUGAGGAGAGUUCAAGGUCUUAUGAGUCAUCACAUAAAUCGAAUUAUGAGGACGAGGACAAUGAUGAUAGUGACCACAAAAAUUCGUUCGACUUUGCAGAAAACACGAAACGUCCUCAAUUUACUCAUCCACCAGAUGAUGAUGGUAAUAAUGAUGAUGAUGAACCUGAAGAAUCAUCUGAUGUCCCUUCGAAAAGCUGCAAUUUCUAUAAAUCUUCACCUUCAAAAGCAGCUACUAGUGACAUUAACAGUUUUUCAGACGAUCAUAAUGACUUUGGUCCAAUACAUUUUGUGGAUCAGUUCAAAGCUUUUCCAACGAACGAAAACUUUAAAGUACCUGAUUUCGCUGCAGAAUCUUCAAACGAUAAACAAGUAUCCGAUUAUUACAAAAAUCCAGCUUCAGAAAAUGAGAAACGUUUAAGAAUGGUGUAUAGUAAGCAGAGCAAAGUAACAGACAGCUACAUGACGCCGACAGAAGACAAAGAAACUGAAAUUCCUAAAACACUACAUUACUACCAGUACAGACCUCCCAAGUAUUCUUACGACAAAUCGGUUGAAUACUUUCCAAACAGCCCCUUUAAACUCCCAACACAUCAGCCACGACCACAAAAUAAUCCACCUGGCCAUCAGGACAGAGACGCUGUAGGCCACCAAUCUAUCACCACGACAAUAACACAUAUGAAUAAAAUGUAUAGAUAGGCUGACAAAUGUGGCUCUUCAUUGUUAAAAAUGUAAAUUUUAUGCACAUUUACAACGACAAUUUUCAAUUUACCAUUCAAUAAGGCAUACUUAAAUGUAUGUUUGUAUUUCCCUACCGAUAGCUGUAUUUGGUUACUUAUGUACCAAUAUAUGUAUCAAGAUUC